AUGUCGUCAGAGAAGCGCCCGGCCUCCAGCUCCAUGGGCUCAGGCCAGAUGGUCAAGCGUCAAAAGUCGGACAACUCAAUGGCCUUGACGUCGGCCUCGCAGAAUGGCACCAUCAUCCACAGCACCCACAGAGGUCCGGCUCUGUCUGCUCCCGUCAUGGAACUGUCUGGCCAUACAGGAGAGGUGCUGGCUGCAAGAUUCAACCCCGAGGGAAACUACAUUGCUUCGGCAGGAACGGACCGCAACAUCCUCCUCUGGCGCACUUCUGGCGAUUGCGAAAACUAUGGCAUUCUGUCUGGACACAAGGGCGCAAUUCUUGACUUGCAGUGGUCGCGCGACUCGCGCAACAUCUUUUCUGCCUCGGCCGACAUGCACAUCGCCAGCUGGGACCUCGAGACUGCUCAGCGCAUACGAAGACAUCAGGGCCAUGACGAAGUUAUCAACGCCCUGGACAUUAGCCGUCGUGGUGAGGACAUUUUGUUCAGUGCCUCGGACGACGGCUACAUAGGCAUCUGGGACCCUCGUCAGAAAGCCGCCGUCGACUUCAUCGAGACAAACUUACCCGUCACUGCCAUAGCCCUCGCCGAGGCCGGCAACGAACUGUACUCGGGCAGCAUCGACAACGACAUCAAAGUCUGGGAUUUGCGGAAGAAGCAAGUCUCUUACUCGCUGAUUGGCCAUACCGACACCAUUACCUCGCUCGCCGUUUCGCCCGACUCGCAAACACUUCUCUCAAACUCGCACGACAGCACCGUCCGCACCUGGGACAUCCGUCCAUUCGCUCCCACCGAGCGCCACAUUAGAACAUUUGACGGUGCGCCCACGGGAAUGGACAAGUACCUGAUCAGAGCUACCUGGGAUACAAAAGGAAAGCGCAUCGCUGCCGGCAGUGGUGAUCGCUCUGUCGUUGUUUGGGAUGCCGGCACAGGAAAAUUGCUGCAAAAGCUACCUGGCCACAAGGGCUCUGUCAACGAUGUCCGAUUUGCGCCCAAUGACGAGCCAUUGAUGCUCUCCGCCUCUACCGAUCGCAACCUGAUGCUGGGAAGUCUCUCGACAUGA